AUGUUUUGCUGUUGUGCUGCGGAGGAGACCACGAUGGCGGAGGUCGCCUCAACUGCUGUCUUGGAGGAAGGCAAUCCCUUCCACCAGGCCGCUGGAGAGAUGGACCUGGACGGCUGGAGAGAUGGAGGAAAGAUCCUGGAUGGGUAUGAGAAGCCACGGGAGGAGGCCUUGAAGGCCACAGAAGAGAAGAUCUCCUUUUGGAAACAGCUUCGCGUGGCGUGUUGGACUAUGCUGGGCCCCACGGCACUCUGCAAUGUGUGCCUCACUGCUUUGGCCUUCCCUCGUUUGGUGGCGACAGGGAAGUCAUUUCCACUUCUUCCAGGCUUCAAAGAUUUCCUUCUUCGCUUUCUGGCGAUGGAACUCCUGGGUGACUUCUUCCUAUACGUUGGCCAUCGUAUUCUACAUGAAUAUUUGUGGGACUACCACAAGUACCACCACUUGAUUGACACACCAACGGCCGUGAGCACCGCAUGCAUUGAUGGAUUAGAUGCCACAGUGCAAGCUGGUAUCCCGACUAUGGGAGCUGCGGUGCUGAUGCAGCCACACCCUCUGACCUUCUGUGCAUAUGCAUAUGCUCGUGUGGCGGAGAAUGUGUUGAACCAUUGUGGUAUGGAGCAUUGGCUUCUGAACUUGGUCUUUUUGAAGUUCCUCCCAGGCCGCGCAGGGGUCGCCAAUCACGAUGCGCAUCACAGGUACUCGAACUAUGCAAAGAAUGCGAAGAACUUCGGUGAGAAUUUCUGGUUGUGGGACUGGGCCUUUGGAACUUUGGGCCACGUGGGUUCCACGAAGAAGUUCUGA